AUGGAGUGUUUCAACGUCUGGCUGAAGAAGGAUACCUUUCUACAACCUCAAAAUCAUUAUGCAUCCAAGGAACGAAAUUGGAUCAAGAAGUCAAAUGCAUUAAAAGUUUUUGGUAUUUCUGAUGUUAUCAUGAUUUCAGGUCAGAGUUUUGAUCGAUUUGGAAACAAUACUUUUGAUUUUGCAUUUUUUGGUCUAAGAAUUAGUCUGGAUUUUGUGUUAGUUGACCAGCCUUUUGAAAUUGCUUCUGAAGUUUGUAGGAUUCUUAGAUAUGGAGGAUUAACAACAUUUAGAGACGUUAAAGGCUUGUAUUCGACUUCUUCUAUGUAUGAAGUAGUACUAAGAAAAAGUUUGGAAGAUUCAAUUUCGGAUGAUAUUGCCCAAAGAUGUGAUAAUAACACAGUUCCAGAGUACAAGCGGGAUUUAAUUGGCGAUCUUGAGCCAUUGGAAGAAAAAGAACCAUUGGAAGACUGGACCGAACAGGGGAAGCACAGUGAGAGCAUCAAGUUAUUCAGGCAUCUCCCUACCAUGGUUGAUUUAAUUUACAAGAGGAUGUACAUUUACAUUGACCUGGGAGCUCGAACUUACAAUUCAAUGAUUGGAAAUUGGUUUGAGAAGCUGUAUCCAAAGCAAAGCAAAAGAUUUGAAAUCUUUACGAUUGAGGCAGACAAAUCUUUUCAUGAGUACAAAAGGAAGAAGGAUGUCACACUUUUGCCAUAUCCAGCGUGGAUAAGGAACGAGACACUAGUCUUUGGAACGAGAAAUAAAAAAAGGGAAUAUACAGCAGGAUUCAACCAGGACAGCCACAAGUUUUGCAGGACUACAUGGGGGAGCAAAAUGUUGUACAAGCCUUUGAUUUCGCAGAUUGGUUGA